AUGAGAAGACAGACGUCGCCCGCGGCAAGCCGCCACGACAAGAAUGGCAGCCGAGCGCGUCCCUUCCCGGCCAAGCAGAUGUUUGUGCUAGCGUGUUGCAGGAUAUGUGAACCAAUCGCGUUCAUGUCCAUCUUCCCCUACAUCUACUACAUGAUCGAGGACUUCCAUAUCACCGACGACUCCAGCAAGAUCUCCGUCUACGCUGGCAUGGUCACGUCCGCCUUCACGCUGGCCGAGUUUGCUACUGGCGUCAUGUGGGGUCGCCUCAGCGACAAGAUUGGACGCAAGCCGGUACUCCUGAUGGGCCUCUUGGGCACGGCGCUGAGCGUCCUCGUCUUCGGCUUCGCCCCGAGCCUGCCGGUGGCCCUGUUUGCGCGGGCUCUGGGUGGCUUCUUGAACGGGAACAUUGGAGUGCUCUCGACGACGGUUGCUGAGUUGGUCACAUUCAAGGAGCAUCAGCCUCGGGCCUACACCAUCAUGCCCAUGGUCUGGUGUAUUGGAUCCAUCAUUGGGCCCAUGAUUGGCGGAGCCCUGGCGCGACCCUGCAUCAGCUACCCCGACUUGUUCCCCCGCGGCACCAUCUGGGAUCGGUACCCCUACCUGCUGCCCAACCUGUUCAGCGCGGCGACCGUGUUCGUUGGUCUUGUGGUCGGCCUGCUGUUUCUCGAGGAGACGCAUGCGGAGAAGAAGCUCCAGAGGGAUCGCGGCCGCGAGCUGGGAAACCGAAUCACGUCCCUGUUCCGCCGAGCCACGGUGUGUCAGUGCCGCGGGCGGCCCGCGGAGAAGCAGGCCUUGCUCGCGAGCGACGGCUUGACCGGCUAUGACACUUCGGACGUGUCCUGCCCAGGGCGCAUGACCAUGACAGAUGUCGACGAGUCGCUGCCUGCGUACCAAAGCCGCGAGAACUCCCCCAAGCUGGCUCCCCAGGCCGACGCAAAGGCGCCCAUCGGCACCGUCGCAACGAGUCCCAAGAUGAAAGUUUUCACCAAGCCCGUUAUCAUGAACAUCAUCUCAUACGGCAUACUCGCCUUCCACACCAUGACCUUUGACCAGCUCUUCCCGGUUUUCCUCAGCACUUCUCCGCCAAAGCAUCGCGUCGUGGAGCUGCCCUUCAAGUUCGUGGAUGGUUUCGGGCUCGAGACCAAGACCAUUGGCGUCAUCAUGUCUAUUCAAGGGGUGUACUCGCUGCUGUCCAACUACUUCAUCGUUCCGCGGGUGACGCAACGGCUGGGAUCGCUUCGUCUAUUCCGCCUCUUGGCAUUUUCCUACUUUGCGCUCUACCUGGUCACGCCAUACCUCGUUCUGCUCCCGGAAAGCCUAAGGAUGCCGGCCAUCUAUCUGCUUAUCAUUUGGAAGUGCACCUAUUCAACCAUGGCGUACCCGAACAACGCGAUGCUCCUCGCCAAUGCGGCACCAUCAAAGCAGGUCCUCGGAACCAUCAACGGCGUCGCCGCGUCCACGGCGAGCCUUUGUCGAGCCCUCGGUCCCACGCUGUCUGGCUUCCUGUAUGCUGUUGGGCUGCAGUCUGGAUACACGGGUCUGGCCUGGUGGGUCAGCGGCCUGAUCACGAUCGUUGGAGCCUAUUUGAGCUCGCAAAUCACCGAAGGCGAGACGCAGGACGCUCCCACGGAGGAGGAAGAGCAGUCGUUGCUCGACUCGGAGCUCCUCUAUGACGAGGACGACGCCGCAUAG